UUCGAGAGGAAAAAAAGUGGCAACUGCAGCUACGAAAGUAGUUUGGGAUGCACAGUCCAAAGAGUGCUUCAUCCAAGCAUGUGUAGAAGAGUUGGGAGGUGCUGGGUACAAAGAAGGAACCCAACUUACCAAGGUUGGGUGGGCCAAUGUUCUUAAGAAAUAUAAUGAACAAAGGGGAAAAGAUUAUGACAGAAGCCAACUGAAGAAUCAAUAGGGUGUUCUGAAAAAGGAGUGGCAGCUAUGGCAACACUUGGUUUUAGGUGAAAGCGGACUAAGUAGGGAUCCAGACACGGGUGCUAUUACAGCAUCAGAGGAGUGGUGGGAUCUCAAGCUGAUGCGCCAUCCUGAGUGCAUCAAGUUCAGGGAAAAGCCUUUGCCACUUGAGGAGGAAAUGCGCAUCCUUUUUGGUACCAACACAACUAUUGGUGAGCAUAUGCACACACCUAGUUUAGGCUCAAUUCCAGCUGCCCCGAAAAAGCGUACUAUAAAUUUGGAGGUGGACGACAUUGAUGCAUUGUUGGAUAAUGAUGCUGAGAUUCAAGAGUUGGUGCACCCACUGGAAGAUGUCUCCAAAAAGAGGCGUGUUGAUGGAUCGACUACGAAGAAAGGCAAAGGCAAACAGGGUACCAUGGGCUCAAGACUUGAAGCUUGCAUGCAACAAAUCUGCGACUCAACUGAUAGUGCAAGUUCUCCCUCCUCCGUCCACUGUUCUGCCCCUAACAUUCCAACGAUAAAAGAAUGCAGUGAGAAGCUAUUGCUACUCCUUGAGUUUGACACAGAUCCAACAUUGUGGGCAAAAGCCCAUAACCUUUAGAGAUGCUAGGACCCGAACGCUUUUCAUGACUUGCCAGGAUGAAAUUUGGAGGUACCACUUCAUAACCCAAGAAUUGCAAAGGGUGGAAACAACAGAGUUGCAGAAAAUGGGUGGUGGCAAUUGGUUCAACAAUCGGUAAGUUUAUGGCUGGCGACAUCAGUUCAUGUCUUGCCCUCUUUCAAGUGCUGUUUACUAGACUUACGUGUUUUAAUUGUGUGGUUUUCGAUGAGACUUUAACUAGACUUGUAUGACUGUGUUUGCAACACUUUUUCCUGUUUUUCUGCACUUUAAUUUGG